GUUUUAUGUACACAGGCUUUCUCUACAGGCUUUCUCUCUGUGCCAUAAUGUAAUUUUAGACAAUUUUAGAUUGUUGAGCAGGCCAUUUGAACGGAAACAUUGCAGGAUAAGUGUAAAGAUUUGACAGGCCGUAUUCAAAACUGUAAAAAAAAAACCAGUGUAGCCAACUAGCGACCGGUGGGAUUUAAGGUUAUAAGCCACCCGUAUUUUGUGAAGAUCUCUUUAAUCUCGUAGACUCUAGCUGCUUUUAGUAGAGAUGUCAUGUUGAUUCAUAAUUUAGCCGGCACGGUAUUUUUAUUGAAAUUGUGCUGUAACAUGAGAAGGGAAAAGAGUAUAAGUGACAACCACAUGACGACCGUUUCCUGUACCGAGUUCUGUAGCGGAAUAAUUUGACGGGUAAAAAUUUGGCAGGAUCGAUCGAUAUGGUGGCCGUGCGCCGUGUAAAGUUUGUGGUAGCCAUCAUCGUCGUUUUUGUAGUKUUUAUAGGACUUUAUCAACUAGAAAAACGACAACACACUUUAUGGAACACCGGACUUUUCUCGAAUGGCAAAUUAAAGAUCUCAUGGCAGAGUCAUAGGCACGUAACUCUAGAAACUCUUCUUCCAAGUGUCACGCCAAAACACACGGUCAAUGGUGAGAGAACUACGCAAACUAACUCGCAGAUAGUUGUAUCCACUGCUUUGAGAACCAAGGUAUCAAAUGUAAAUGCAGAACAAGAGGAAGAAGAGUUACUAAACAACGAAAUAGAUGACACUUUAGAAUGGGUUAAACGAAUGGGACACGCGGAACGCAAUCAGGACGCAGUGACUGAGUUGCGUGACAGUCGUAGUUUUUUGGGUGAAAUAUUUCCUACACCAAAAGAUGAGCGUGACUCAAAUGAAAAGAACUCGGCCAGCGAGGUAUUUGACAGUAAUCGAGGUCAUUCGCUGAAUGAAAUAUCUUCUACGGUAAACGAUGUGCAUGACAAACGUGGAGAGAAUAAUUUGCCUGUGAGUAAAUCAUUUAUGAAGGCAACUGUGAAAGCAAAAGAAAGCAAAAUGUCUGAUAUUUCAACAGAAACUGCUUUAAAAUCUCUAUCAACGACCUUAGCAACUAUAGCACAAACAACAACAACAACAACAACAACAACAACAACAACAACAUCAGAGGCAGCAACCACAGACCAGUCGUCAUUCUUCACUUUGAAAAUACAGCCAAAUACCCACCAGAAAUCGAAAAACAUAACAGAAACGAAUCCAAAGGGUACUUCCAUGUACACGCCUUCGCCCCUACCAAGGGUCAACACCUGUAAUCUACCAAAGCUUGACCCAUGGGAUUCUUCAAUCCAUCAUCUCUUGAAGGACGUCGGGUUCGAUCCUAAUUGUAAGUCAAGCUACCCGCGUUCCUUGUAUGACGUCAUGGACAACAGACUCGUCUUAAAAAACAAUUCCAGUCUCAGUGGGACUCGAUUGAACCACUUUUCGCUAGAAACAAUACACAGGACCAAAGAUAGUGACAAUGAUUUCGGCACGAAGAGUGAAGUUUCUCCAAUAAAUGUAUCGACUAAUGAGGUAUACAAAAGUAGGAAGAUGUUAAAUUCUGACUUCUUUAGGAUACGCUAUCAGAUAGAAGGAAAAGAUAGCGAAACGCAUUACUAUGCGCGAGUCGUACCACAACAAGAUACAAUAAAGAAAUCAGAAGAGAUACGACGAAGUAGUUCAUUCUCUAAGAAACGUCUUCCACUUAAUGUAUUGAUUCUAGGAUUUGAUUCGACAUCGAAUGCUAACUUCUUACGAAAGAUGCCGCACACGACGAACUGGUUACGAACUCAAAUGCGCUCUUAUUUUAUGAAGGGAUACUCUAUUGUAGGCGACGCUACUACGCCUGCGCUGACAGCCCUCCUCACARGGAACCAUGAGUAUGAUCUACCCGAAGGUCGCCGCGGGUUUGAAGGAAGUGAACCCAUAGACAGGUGGCCUUGGAUUAGUAAGCUGUACGAGAAACAUGGGUAUGUGACAUUGUAUGGUGAAGACGAUCCGACAAUGAGCACAUUUAAUCUUCGCCUUGAAGGAUUUCUCACGCCUCCAUACCAYCACUUCAUGCGUCCUUUCUGGUUGGCCAUUGAAAGUGAAGGGCUAAGAGACGAACCUGGGAUUUGUUCCCGAGAUAUGUCUUUAGUCAACUACACGAUGGAAUAUCUUCUGAGCUUUUUUGAAGCGUACAAAGAAACCCCAAAGUUUGCCAUGGGGUUUAUAUCCUACUUAACUCAUGCUCAUCCAAAUCACCUCAGUUAUGGGGACUAUGACGUAUUGCAUUUGCUUGAUAAAAUGAAAUCUCGAGGAUUUCUUGAUAACACGUUGCUUGUUAUACUUGGUGACCACGGCUCGCGAAAUGACGACGUUAGAAGUACGAUGCAGGGGAAACUGGAGGAACGGUUGCCAUGGUUAUCUAUCUCGGUUCCUGAUUGGUUGGAAUCUCGCUACCCUGAACUGGCUGCUGCAUUAGCUCAUAAUGAGAAUAUCAUUAGUUCUCCGUUUGAUCUGCAUACUACUUUUCGACACAUCCUGACCUAUCCCGAAAUGCCCGAUAAAGCGAAGACUUAUCGAAGUCUCUUUACUAACAUGUCACGUGACCGUACUUGCGAAGACGCAGGCAUAGAUGAACACUGGUGUCCUUGUCUAAAGUUCAAACCAAUAGACGUAAACAACCAGGACGUCCAACAAGCUGCUGUUGCCAUCGUGCAGCACAUAAACAAACAUCUCAACAGUACUGAUACACUACGCAUGUCUUGUCACAUGAUAAAGCUAACCGCUGUACACAAUGCUAUGCAGUAUGAACCAAACGAGAAAGUACAAAGGUUUUCUUCUACUAACCAAGAUAGUGAUCGAGAAGUCAGGUACGGGACACGAACACGUGACGACCAACAUUUUCUCGUUACUAUAGAAACGUCACCGAUGGGCGCGCUGUUCGAAGCGACCGUAACGAUGGCUGACGAUAAGAGUAUUGCUGUUAAUCCAAAUAUUAGUCGGAUCAAUCUCUACGGAAAUCAGCCCAACUGUAUCGCGAAAAAAUAUCCGUACUUUAAAAAGUACUGCGUGUGUAAGAAAUGAGCUCAAAUACUUCAUAGACUCUCAGAAGUCUAGCUUGUUUCCAUACUGCUCCCCUCUUGUUUGGGCUACCUGUGUUGAACUUCAUUGUGUGGAGAACCAAACACUGAUGCGCCAACUCCGACAGUUCAAAAAAUGGUCCUAUCGAGUUCAUUUUAGCUGCGAAGCUGCUGGGGCUUCCGAUUAUUGCUUCGCUGUUUUUUUUGUUUGUUUUUUGUUUGUUUUUUGA